AUGGCCUUGCACUUGUCUCACGUACGCAGCGCGUUGAUCGGGGCCAGCGGCCUGGCCUUGCUCGCGCUUUUCCUGCUGUACAACUACAACGGCGGCAAUGCCUCGUCGAAUUUGCACCUCUCAGAGCGUCCUGUUGGCGUACCCGGCUCGAAUAUUCUCAACCAUGCAUCAAAUCGAACGCUUGGUUUCCAAAAGAUAUUCGUCAUCAACCUUCCGUCCCGAACCGACUAUCGGGACUCUAUGGCGCUAGCUGCUGCACUGUCGGACUUGCAGAUCGAGUUCGUUGAUGGCGUCACCGAUGUUGACGAGAAAACGCUACCGCCCGAUGCCAAGAAGGUGAAUCUCAACAGUGGAAGUCUGUACGCUUGGAGGGCCCAUUUAAGUGCCGCCAGAAUGAUCGUCGAGCAAAACCUCACUUCGGCAUUGAUCCUCGAAGGCGACGUCGACUGGGACAUUCGCAUCAAACAGCAGAUGCAAGACUUUGCCAGAGCCUCGCAACUGCUCGUCCAGCCCCUCCACGGCACGACCGACCGGUUCCUCGACCCCACCCACCCCACGCCGCAAGCGGGCCAGUCUCCACAGGACUUCGAAGUCGGCGACACGGCGGCAACCGCCCAGCCCACGACCUCCCCAUACGGCGACAUCGACCGCUGGGACAUGCUCUGGCUGGGCCACUGCGGUACGCGCUUUCCGCGUCUUAGCGACAGCAACGCACCGCUCGGCCGAGCCAUCAUCCGCGACGACGAGACGGUGCCGGAGAAGCAGCACAUACACAUGCAGUUCGGCAACGACGAGCUGGUCCAGCAGUACCCGGCCCACACGCGCGCCGUCUCCCGCGCGAGGAUGAACACGUGCACGCUCGGGUACGCCCUCUCUCAGCCGGGAGCCCGCCGGCUGCUGUACGAGCUGGGCAUCCGCAAGAUGACGGGCACCAUGGACAUGAUGUUCCGCUCGCUGUGCGACGGCGUCGACGGCCGGCCCAUCAGUACCUGUUUUACUGUCCAGCCGCAGCUGUUUCAGCACCAUCGCCCCGUCGGCGAGAAGGCGUCGUUUAGUGAUAUCUCGGAUCAUGGGACCGAGUUCAAUGACCGCGCCUUCACGAGGAACAUCAGGUGGAGUACGAAGCUGAAUUUUCCGAAACUGGUGUAUGGAGAAACGGAUUAUAUUGAUCUGUUCAAGGAUGGGGAGAGUAGCCCGGACCUGGGUUUUUGA